AUGAGGAGUACACGAUCCAGUUCAUUUAAGUCAAAUUUCAAGAACACAGUAGAAACGGCGUUGAAUCUUGAAGACGACAAUGAAGAUUUCGUUGCUGAGCCUGAAGAACAAAUUCAUGAAGAAGAACAUGUGAACCGAGAAAGAAGGUCAAAGAAAAAACUUGAUAAAUCAGUUGAACAAAGGACAACUCCUAAACCUUUAAAUGCACUACUUUUGGAAGGAGAGAUAAGGUCGAAGAGGCAAUUUGAUAGAGUUCCAAUCGUAAAACAUUUAAAAAAUAAGGCAAUUGUUGAAUCUGUCAAAGAGGAAAAAGAAGAUAAUGUUAGAAAAACAAAUAAGGAAUACCCACCUGGUUUAAGAUACCUUCCAACCAGAAUGAAAUGUGAUAACAUCACUGCAACUGUUAUGGGAAUGUCGCCGGAACAGAAACAAGCAAUCUUGAGAAUGGGUUUUGGAUCAAUUCUGCAAGUGAAUAUUACAAGUUAUCCGGGACAACUAAGCUACUAUCUUUUAGAUGUUUAUGAUGCAGAUAGUAAAAGACUUGUCCUACAAAACUCUGUUAUUGAGAUAACAGAACAAACAAUGCAUGAUAUGAUGGGGUUGCCAUUUGGUGGAGAAGACAUCAAUGAGUUACCAUUGUGUGAUAAGGGAAAUGAAAUUCUAGAAGAAUGGAGGGGAGAAUAUAGUGGUGAUAAGUUCAAUGGUGAGGAGUAUUUAAGAAGGAUUCAGUCUACAACAAAGGAUAAUUUGAUGUUUAGGUUGAAUUUUUUGACCCUAUUUGUUAACAACUUCAUAGAGUCAAUGUUGAUGGGAACAAAUCAAAUAAAAGUGGUGUUGGUAGAAGACUUUUCAAAGUUAAAUUGGUGUAAAUAUAUGCUUGAUUGUUUGGGAUCUAGAAAAAAACUAUGGAAAAGGGAUGACAAAUCAAGCUACUACAGUGGUCCUAUUACACUUCUGAUUUUUGGGAGGGUUCGGGGGCAGUUUGGAGAUGGGCAUGAUGAUGUCGAUAUGGGCGAUGAAACAGGAGCUGAAGAACAGCAAAUGCUAAGCUUUAAGAGGGAUUUUAGAGAUGAGGAGGCGUAUGCUGCUGUUAUAGAGCAUAGUUAUGGGGUAAUUCUAAUAGAGAAAAGUACUAUGGAGGUUGAGUUGAAGGAUGGUUUGGAUAAAUUCCCUCAUAGUGUGGUGCUAAAUGAGUGGAUGGAGAAAAUGAAUGAACUUUUCAAAGGAGUGUUUGAAGGGUCAGGUAACAAAAAAGUGCAUGAGCCUGCCUGCUUUAAUGAGGUAAAUAUGAAUGAUAUAGGUGAUGGCGGUGAAGGAAAUAGUUCACCUGUUGGAGGAUUGAUACUUACUAAAGUUAAUACAGAAAAAGAAGUCAAUUAUACCACACCUGUUGAUACAACUACUUUAACAAUGACUCAGUUUCAUCGACUUCCAGGGGUGAAUGAGGAAAUGAUUAAGUUUUUGGAUGAAACUGAGUUACAGGUGUAUAGAAAGAAAAAGCGAAUGUCAGUAAUCAGUGGGGAUAAUUUGGUAGGAAGAAAUAUAGGAGAAGCUGUUGAUAAUGCUGCAGGAUAUGAUGAUAAUGACAAAAGGGAAAAACGUAUUCCUAAAAAGGCAAAAGUCUUUCAUUCGCCCUAUAUUGAAAGAAUUGUUAAGGUUGGGGAAAAACUAACUAAGGAUGAAACAUGGAUAUGCAAUUCAGUUUUUGCAUUUGAAAGAGAUGAUGGGUCAUUUGCUGCACCAGGGUUUUGCAUAUCAAUUCAAUCAUGGAAUGUUUUUACAACUAUUGUGACAGAAGAUAUAUUGAAUGAGCUAAAGUCGGAAGAUAUGAAAUGUAGGCUUUUUGCUACUUUAUUGCGAACCUACACUAAGAAAUGUGAUGUGAAGCCAAGUUUUAGAGAUGUUGCACUUGUUUUCUUCCCAAUAGUUGAUGAUGGAAAGUAUUACUUACUCAUCUUUGAUCUGAGAUCAAGUUUGUACUACAUAGUAGAUCAUGUGAAGAGAACAGGAACUUUGGAAAGAAAGUAUGGCAUGAUACCAAACCUGGUGAAAAAACUGUUUUGCAACUACUUGACAUCACAACAUCAUCCAAUGGCAAAAGCGUUAACUUUUAAAGCGGGACGUGUGAUGAACAUAUAUUGGCUAGUCGAAAAAGCUGGAACAAAAUGUGGAAUAUACCUCAUGAGGCAUAUGGUUACUUACAUGGGGGAAAAUGAAGGGCAUUGGGAGUGUGGUCUUACAGGUAAAAUGCCUGCUGAUGUAAGUGCUACAAUUAAGUUAAGGAUGAAAUACAUGGCAAGAUUGUUGACAUCUGAUUUCAAUAAGUUCAAUACUAUGACAGUUAAAGAUUUUGAAGCGUUUCAUAAGCUUGAUAUUUUGGAACAAGAUAUGCUUCUAAGAGAGUCAGCUGAAAACAGGAAGAAAAAAAGAAAAACAAAGGGUCGUAGGUAA